AUGAAAUCCGAUAAAUCUGAAUCUAUCCCGAAACAAGCUAUGAUAUACAUUUGUAAAGAAUGUUAUCAUAAUAACGAGAUUCGUAUCAAAGAUGCAAUUCGAUGCAGAGAAUGUGGAUAUAGAAUCAUGUAUGAGAAGCGUACAAAAAGACUAGUUGUAUUCGAUGCACGAUAAAUACUUGAGCAGCACAUAAUGGAGAGCAGCAC